GUGUGCUGGCCCAGAUCCAGACGCCCCAGAGGAUCAUGGAGGUGAUUGAAGGUCAGAAGGUGGUGCUGCAGGCCUGGUACAGUCCCAGCUUCAGCAUUAGCAAGAACACCGUCCUCUGGAACUUUGUAGCCAAUAACUCCCUACUGGUGAGUGUUUGGGAUCUGUUUUGUUCUAUGUGUGGUGGCCUUUAGCAUCUGUGCUGAUCAUCUGACGAUUUAGGGUCGCCCUUGAGACACGCACAGUAACUUGAACUUUCGCACCAAACAUUAAGGCAAUGGCAUAUUUGCGCAAAGUUAGUUUGUGCGUCUUAAGUUGGGAUGUGUGAAGAUCCCUUUGAUCAUGCAGUGGUCAUGAUUAGCCUGUGGCUGCUGAGUUCUGUGACAUCAUAAGUCUACAAUAUAAUGUCCCAGAGGCCAGUAAGGUACCUGCAUUAGUGCUGCAUACCAGUUAAAUACUUCCUUGUCAGAAGUAUUUUAUACAUGGAAGUUUAUUUUUUGUAAAAAUGAAUCAAAUCUGUAUUAUUUUUUUAAGUCAACUUAAAAUGAUGAAUGUAUUACAUUUUGUUAGGGUUUAAUUUCAUGUUUAACUCAGACUUGUGAUAAUUAUAAUUUGUCUGUUGAUUAUUACAGAUAUGUUUGCUCUUUUGUGCAGUUUUUGAUCAAAAGCUCCCAACUACAACUGAAAAUCUUACUUGCUUAGCCAUCUGUGGCCGUAACGUGGGGAUUAUUCUCAUGAAGGAUGUUGACUGCUGUUAAUCUGGCAAAGCUCUUCCUUUGGAAACACUCAGAAAUGAAUCAAAUAAAAGGCUUAGCACUCCAUCUAUACAAUAUAUUUUACCCGUAACAUUUCAGAAAAUUAGGCUAUCAAGUGAUAUGACUAACCACUUGACAGAGUUUCUAUUUUGGGGUUAGGUUGGGGUUAACCCUUUACAAAACCAAAACAAAUUUUGGCGGAAGCGGGCAGUUGGCCAUAAGGCUCUCAUCUGACUUUGAUUUUCAAACUUGCAUCCACAGACAACACUAUGUAGGGACCUGCAUGGGCUUGUAUUUGCUUAUUCCAUAUUGUUUUACAGUAGUAUACAGAUGGACCAAGUCCCAAAGGGGAUAAAACAAAGACAAAAAAAAUCCUGUUUGAGUCUAGUAGUUACCAUUCCACUACAGUAGCACUCACCAGUAGUAGAUUGGGAUAUUGCAGUUAUUGGCCUGAACAGAGCAAGCUGCUUUGGCUAAAGGCCCAGUCAUGGAACGGUAGUCGGAUUUAACUACAGAAUGUCUGAGUUGUGCGCCUUUAUCUCAACUCUGAAUCGGCCUGUUAGUCUUUAGCUCGAAAGGAUAAUUCUGUCUUGCUUGUUUGCAUAAAGAUCUAUAUGAUUUGAAAGACAAUGUGGUUUUAUCUUCUAAUGUCUUUGUCAUAUUUUAAAGUACUCUACUUCUAUUCAUACUCCAAUGCACUCAAUAUUGCCUUGUCAUGGCUCUAUUAAGAACAUAACAUUAGCUAAGAGAACAGCUUAGUAAUGGUAGACUACAUGGUGUAAAAUAAAGAAAAGGCAAAAGGAUAUUCUAGGGAGCUUUUCAACAAUCUUCAUGGCUCUUGUCCCCUCCAUCCAACCCACACAGAUAAUCUCCUACACCCCAGACUCGAUCAGUUUAGGCAGCCCGCAGUUUGGGGAGCGCGUAGGCUUCACAGCCACCAUGCCCUCGGCCAACCUGUCUCUGUACAUCAACAACACGCAGGAGUCGGACUCAGGACGCUACUUCUGCCAGGUCAUCAUCCCCGGGGCCCAUGGCCUGACCGGAGAACUUACCCUCAACGUCAUUGGUAAGGACGAGGAGACCCCUUAUGUAGUUAUUGUAGUCAUGCAGUACGCCAUAUGUGUAUUCUUAUGAGCUGUACAUGUAGAAUGAGGCACGCAUGUACAUAUACAGUGCCAUCAGAAAGUAUUCAUACCCCUUAUUCAAAAUGUUGUUAGAGCCUGAAUUCUAAAUGGAUUAAAUUGAUUGCCUUCUCUCACCCAUCUACACACAAUACCCCAAAAUGACAAUGUGAAAACCAUGUUUUUAGAAAUGUUUGCUAAUUUAUUGAAAGUGAAAUACAGAAAUCGAAUUUCCAUAAGUAUUCACAUCCCUUUGCUAUGACACUCCAAAUUGAGCUCGGGUGCAUCCAAUUUCCUUUGAUCAUCCUUGACGUCACUACAACUUGAUUGGAGUCCAUCUGUGGCCAAUUCAAUAGUUUGGACAUGAUUUUGAAAUAUACACACCUGUCUACAGUAUAUAAUGUCCCACAGUUGACAGUGUAAGUCAGAGCAGAAACUAUACCAUGAAGUCCAGGGAACUGUCCAUAGAUCUCAGAGAUAGAAUUGUGAUGAGGCAUAUAUCUGGGGAAGGAUAUAAAACAAUUUCUAGAGUGUUGAAAGUUUCCAAAGGCACAGUGGUCUCCAUGAUUUUUAAGUAAUUAAUUUGCAUUUUAUUGCAUGACAGAAGUAUUUGAUACAUCAGAAAAGCAGAACUUCAUAUUUGGUGCAGAAACCUUUGCUUGCAAUUACAGAGAUCAUACGUUUCCUGUAGGUCUUGACCAGGUUUGCACACACUGCAGCAGGGAUUUUGGCCCACUCUUCCAUACAAACCUUCUCCAAAUCCUUCAGGUUUCGGGGCUGUCGCUGGGCAAUACGGACUUUCAGCUCCCUCCAAAGAUUUUCUAUUGGCUAGGCCACUCCAGGACCUUGAGAUGCUUCUUACGGAGCCACUCCUUAGUUGCCCUGGCUGUGUGUUUCGGGUCAUUGUCAUGCUGGAAGACCCAGCCACGACCCAUCUUCAAUGCUCUUACUGAGGGAAGGAGGUUGUUGGCCAAGAUCUCGCGAUACAUGGCCCCAUCCAUCCUCCCCUCAAUACGGUGCAGUCGUCCUGUCCCCUUUGCAGAAAGCAUCCCCAAAGAAUGAUGUUUCCACCUCCAUGCUUCACGGUUGGGAUUGUGUUCUUGGGGUUGUACUCAUCCUCCUUCUUCCUCCAAACACGGCGAGUGGAGUUUAGUCCAAAGAGCUCUAUUUUUGUCUCAUCAGACCACAUGACCUUCUCCCAUUCCUCCUCUGGAUCAUCCAGAUGGUCAUUGGCAAACUUCAGACGGGCCUGGACAUGCGCUGGCUUGAGCAGGGGGACCUUACGUGCGCUGCAGGAUUUUUAUCCAUGACGGUGUAGUGUGUUACUAAUGGUUUUCUUUGAGACUGUGGUCCCAGCUCUCUUCAGGUCAUUGACCAGGUCCUGCCGUGUAGUUCUGGGCUGAUCCCUCACCUUUCUCAUGAUCAUUGAUGCCCCACAAGGUGAGAUCUUGCAUGGAGCCCCAGACCGAGGGUGAUUGACCGUCAUCUUAAACUUCUUCCAUUUUCUAAUAAUUGCGCCAACAGUUGUUGCCUUCUCACCAAGCUGCUUGCCUAUUGUCCUGUAGCCCAUCCCAGCCUUGUGCAGGUCUACAAUUGUAUCCCUGAUGUCCUUACACAGCUCUCUGGUCUUGGCCAUUGUGGAGAGGUUGGAGUCUGUUUGAUUGAGUGUGUGUGCAGGUGUCUUUUAUACAGGUAACGAGUUCAAACAGGUGCAGUUAAUACAGGUAAUGAGUGGAGAACAGGAGGGCUUCUUAAAGAAAAACUAACAGGUCUGUGAGAGCCGGAAUUCUUACUGGUUGGUAGGUGAUCAAAUACUUAUGUCAUGCAAUAAAAUGCAAAUUAAUUACUUAAAAAUCAUACAAUGUGAUUUUCUGGAUUUUUGUUUUAAAAAAUUACAGACCUCUACAUGCUUUGUAAGUAGGAAAACCUGCAAAAUCGGCAGUGUAUCAAAUACUUGUUCUCCCCACUGUGUGUAUAUAUAUAUAUAUAUAUAUAUAUAUAUAUAUAUAUAUAUAAACAAACUACCCAGACUCUGUCUGGUGCUGGCCGUCCAACCAAACUGAGCAACCGGGCAAGAAGAACCUUGGUUAGGGAGGUGACCAAGAGCCCAAUGACCACUCUGACAGAACUACAGAGUUCCUAGGCUGAGAUGGGAGAACCUGCUAGAAGGACAACAGUCUCUGCAGCACUUCACCAAUCUGUGGCUUUAUGGGAGAGUGGCCAGACGGAAGCCUCUCGUGAGAAAAAGGCACAUGACAGCACAUCGGGAGUUUGCAAAAGGCAUGUGAAAGACACUGAGCAUAAGGCAAAAGAUGAUGUCGUCUGAUGAGACAGAAAUUGAACUCUUUGGCCUGAAUGCAAAUGGCUAUGUCUGGAGAAAACCAGGCACAGCUCAUCACCCGUCUAACACCAUCCCUACCGGGAUGCAUGGUGGUGGCAGCAUCAUGCUAUGGGGAUGCUUUUCAGCGGCAGGGACUGGGAGACUGGUAAGGAUAGAGGGAACAAUGAACGGAGGCAAAUACAGGCAAAUCCUUUUAUUUAUGAGAACCUGCUUCAGAGUGUCCUUCUGGCAGGACCUUAGACUGGGGUGAAUAUUGACAUUCCAUCAGGACAAUGACCUCAAGCAUACAGCCAAAGCAACGCUGGAAUGGCUUCAGAACAAGAAUGUGAAAGUCCUCGAGUGGCCCAGACAAUGCCCAGACUUGAAUCCCAUUGAAAAUCUGAGGAAGACUUGAAGAUUGUUGUUCCAUCUAACUUAACAGAGCUUGAGAAAAUCUGCAAGGAAGAAUGGGAGAAAAUCCCAAAAUCCAGAUGUGCAAUGCUGAUACAGACAUACCCAAGACGAUUCAAAGCUGUAAUCGCCGCCAAAGGUACUUCUACAAGGUAUUGACUCAGGGGUGUGAAUACCUAUCUAAAUGAGAUAUUUCUCUAUUUAAUUUUCAAUAAAUUAGCUAAAUUGUAUCAAUUUUGAAUUCUGGCUGUAACACAACAUGUGGAAUAAGUCAAGGGGUAUGAAUACUUUCUGAAAGCACUGUAUAUGAUCAAACGCUAACAAGAAGGCACACACACACAAACAUAUACACACACUUACAGAUGUGCUCUACUUGCACAUAUACCCGCAUACAGUACAUGCGCACCCACAUACCUGUACACACAUGUUCCUGUAUGUAUCUUAACACAAUAGUUACGCUGUUUGCCACUACCCUAAAUCCUAAACAUUAUUUUAUCUAUCAUUAUUCAAAUGACUCUAAUUUAGCAUCUCAUCACAAAUGUUCAACUAACCAUCUCCCAAACCUCUAUCCUAUAUCUCAGUCCCUCCUGCUGUCCCAGAGUGCUCUCUGUCGGGGAAGCCAGUUCUGAAAGGCAACGUCACGCUGAGCUGCAAGUCCAAGUCAGGCAAGCCCAUCCCCAUGUACAAGUGGCAUAAGACCAGCCCCACGUCUGAAGUCUUCUUCUCUCCCAUGCUCAGUGAGUAACUAACUGCAGUCUGACAUCUGAAACAUGGCGGUCAAGCUUUAGUAACCAACAUCAUAAGCAAAACCUUUUGGUUACUCAGAUAUACAGUGUAUUUAUUGUAAAUGUCCUGUAUUUCAGGGAGAGCUUGCUUUCUUUCUGAAAUUUGAUAACUUUGAACUUUGAGAGUACUGUAAUAGAAUGUUGUUCAGCCAAGUUGUUGUACACACGUAAUGUGAGUUGCUCUGGAUAAGAAAUGUGUACAGUAUGUACCAUAAGCAAACGUAAUGACAAAGCAGAGGGUAUAAUUUAAUGACAAAGCAGAGGGUUUAAUUUAAUGACAAAGCAGAGGGUAUAAUUUUGACAAUGGCAAAGGGAUUUAAAAAAGUUACAUGUGAAUUGAGGCAAUCAGUAGACAAUCAGGUCUCACUUUACAUUAAGUGUCCUAAAGUUACAGGUACUAUGUAUUGUGUAACUACACAACCAACCGGGUAGAAUGGUUGUGAGUGUGUUGUAUCAAUCUGUACUUAGUAAUACACUAUACAUACGUAUGUGGCUACCAUGUAUCUAUGUGGAUUUAAGGACACUUAAUGUGAAAUGGAACAGGCAAUCAAAAGGAUUGUGCAUAAACAAAUCGGAGUUUCAGUUGGCAUAUCUGUGACAUUGUUCUGUUUUUGUUUUGACUUGGAGAUUUAGGGGCUAAUCUGUUUGGGACUAGAUUAAAGCACACAUGAGGUUGAAUCCUAAUGUGACUCUGCUCAAAUCACACAAAAAAUCACAAACCCAUAAUCAGUGUUCCCAUACUAUUUCCUCUCAUUUAUGGAGUGCAAGAAUUGGAUAAGUAUCCCACAUUGUUUGGUAAAAAAAAAAAAAUCUGGUUAGUAGUGAUUUAAUGAUAAGGAAAAAGCGCAUAUGAUCAAUGCACAGUGUCCAUAUAAGGACAGCCGCAGUAAUGACAGGACUGACAAUGCUGUCCUAAUAUGGACACUGUAUGGGUGUCAGUGGAGGCUCCUAGGAGGAGGAAGGGGAGGACCAUCCUCCUCACUUUCACUUACUUAGCUAGCGAAUGAAGCUAGCUAGUUUAGCCUACUCAAACACCCGGCUCAAACCGAGAGGGAUGCUAUGUUAGCUAGCUGGUUAUGGCUAUCCAACACUGGAACUCUUCCAAGUCAAGGUAAGCUUUUGGUUUUAUUAAUUUAUUGCUUCGAGGCCCGCCUGUGUAACUGCUUGCUGCUGACUGUACACUGUACUGCAUAAUUGUAUGUGGUUUACUAGCACAUUAGUUCUAAUAGCUAUGUUAACUGACGUUAAUAUGGUGACAACUAUGUAGGCUGUUUGUAGCGGUUAUGAUAUGAAGGUUUGGCUUGGAAACUUUCUUUUCGCCCUCGUCACAGAAAGCUGAUGUGUUGUGCACUGAUGUUCACAAGCGAAGGGAAAAGGUGAGCGAAGGAGAGCGAGUAGAUGCGAGAAGGAAUACAAUGAUGAAAGGGAUCAUGCUGUUAUGUGGCUGCUAUGAAAGUGAACUAUAUUUGCAUGUGAUCAGGAAUGUAUUCAUUCCGAUGAUUCUGUUGAAAAAGGUUUCUUAAGCAGACCGAAACGGGGAUAAACAUACCUGAAUUUGUCCAAUAGACAAUCUCAUUUGCACACCCUAGAUCAGCUAAAUGCAGGCGUGUGCAAGGUGAUAUUGAAUGUGUCAAUGUCUGUCACCUUGAUUGCUCAAAUGUACCUUGACCUGUGCACCUACCUACGUUGUAAACUUUCAUUCAUAGGCUAGGUUGUAGCAACCUCAUGAUAGGUAUAGGGAACAUUAGAGUAUCAUGUAGUAGCCUAAACCUAUCGAUAUUACAUUGAGCUGGGUGAAUGGAAUAUGAAUGACAGUCAUCCAAUAUGCUGUAAUAGAAAUAAGGCCAUGCUUAUAAAAAUAAAAAUAGUCCUCCCUCAUCUUAAAUGGCACGACCACCACUGAUGGGUGUGUGUCUGUGUGUGUUACAGAUGAGAAGACAGGCACCCUGAAGCUGAGCAACCUGAGCAGCAACAUGUCGGGGAAGUACAUGUGUUCGGCCAGCAACACGGCCGGCACAGAGCGAUGCUACAUCAACCUGGAGGUCAUCACCUGUACGUACUGUUAUAGUACAACACUGGACACACAAGACUCACUAUACGCUAUGUGGGCCAGUCAGAAUGUAGAGAAAUGUGCUUCUUAAAACAGUUAACUCCUGGUACGUGAAAUGGCUUUGAAAACCAGAGCAUGUAGAUACCAGAGCAAGUAAUUAAGAAAUGCAUUUUAAUUGGGACUGAUGCACUGCCCUUCACUUAAAUUGAGUUUUCCUUCAUCUAAUGUGCACCAAAAAAUAAUAAUUGUAAUGCACAUUUACCGUUUUUAGAUAUUGUGUGUGUGUGUGUGUGUGUGUGUGUGUGUGUGUGUGUGUGCGUGUGCGCGUGCGCACUACCAGUCAAAAGUUUUAGAACACCUACUCAUUGAAGGGUUUGACUUUAUUUGUACUAUUUUCUACAUUGUAGAAUAAUAGUGACGACAUCAAAACUAUGAAAUAACACAUGGAAUCAUGUAGUAACCAGAAAAUGGUUAAACAAAUCAAAAUAUAUUUUAUAUUUGAGAUUCUUCAAAUAGCCACCCUUUGCCUUGAUGACAGCUUUGCACACUCUUGGCAUUCUCUCAACCAGCUAAAGUCACCUGGAUUGCAUUUCAAUUAACAGGUGUGCCUUGUUAAAAGUUAAUUUGUGGAAUUUCUUUCCUUCUUAAUGAGUUUGAGCCAAUCAGUUGUGUUGUGACAAGGUAGGGGAGGUAAACAGAAGAUAGCCCUAUUUGGUAAAAGACCAAGUCCAUAUUAUGGCAAGAACAGCUCAAAUAAGCAAAGAGAAACAACAGUCCAUCAUUACUUUAAGACAUGAAGGUCAGUCAAUACGUACAUUUUCAAGAACUUUGAAAGUGCAGUCACAAAAACCAUCAAGCGCUAUGAUGAAGCUGGCUCUCAUGAGGACCGCCACAGGAAUGGAAGACCCAGAAUUACCUCUGCUGCAGAGGAUAAGUUCAUUAGAGUCACCAGCCUCAGAAAUUGCAGCCCAAAUAAAUGCUUCACAAAGUUCAAGUAACAGACACAUCUCAACAUCAACUGUUCAGAGGAAUCAGGCCUUCAUGGUCGAUUGCUGCAAAGUAACCACUACUAAAGUACACCAAUAAGAAGACAAGACUUGCUUGGGCCAAGAAACAUGAGCAAUGGACAUUAGACUGGUUGAAAUUUGUCCUUUGGUCUGGAGUCCAAAUUUUAGAUUUUUGGUUCCAACCGCUGUGUCUUUGUGAGACGCGGUGUGGGUGAACGGAUGAUCUCCGCAUGUGUAUUUCCCACCGUAAAGAAUGGAGGAGGUGGUGUUAUGGUGUGGGGGUGCUUUGCUGGUGACACUGUCUGUGAUUUAUUUAGAAUUCAAGGCACACUUAACUACCAUGGCUACCACAGCAUUCUGCAGCGAUACACCAUCCAUCCCAUCUGGUUUGGGCUAAGUGGGACUAUCAUUUGUUUCUCAAGUGAGUGAUGGAGUGCUGCAUUAGAUGACCUGGCCUCCCCAAUCCCCCGACCUCAAUCAAAUUGAGAUGGUUUGGGAUGAGUCGGAUCGCAGAGUGAAGGAAACGCAGCCAACAAGUGCUCAGCAUAUGGGGGAACUCCUUCAAGACGGUUGGAAAAGCAUUACAGGUGAAGCUGGUUGAGAGAAUGCCAAGAGUUUGCGGAGCUGUCAUCAAGGCAAAGGGUGGCUAUUUGAAGAAUCUGAAAUGUAAAAUAUAUUUUGAUUUGUUUAACACUUUUUUGGUUACUACAUGAUUCCAUAUGUGUUAUUUCAUAGUUUUGAUGUAUUCACUAUUAUUCUACAGUGCAUUCGGAAAGUAUUCAGACCCCUUCCCUUUUUCCACAUUUUGUUAUGUUACAGCGUUAUUCUAAAAUAGAUUGAAUUAUAAAAAAUUUCUCAUCAAUCUUCACACAAUACCCCAUAAUGACAAAGCAAAAACAGGUUUUAGAAAUGUUUGAAAAUGUAUUACAAAUAAAAAACUGAUAUCUAAUUUACAUACACUACCGUUCAAAAGUUUGGGGUCCCUUAGAAAUGUCCUUGUUUUCGAAAGAAAAGUAGCAUCAAAUGGAUCAGAAAUACAGUGUAGACAUUGUUAAUGUUGUAAAUCGCUAUUGUAGCUGGAAACGGCUGAUUUUUUAUGGAAUAUCUACAUAGGCGUACAGAGGUCCAUUAUCAGCAACCAUCAGUCCUGUUCCAAUGGCACGUUGUGUUUGCUAAUCAUUUUAAAAGGCAUGGCUUGGUUUUUGCUCUGACAUGCACUGUCAACUGUGGGACCUUCAUAUAGACAGGUGUGUGCCUUUCCAAAUCAUGUCCAAUCAAUUGAAUUAACCAUAGGUGGACUCCAAUCAAGUUGUAGAAACAUCUCAAGGAUGAUCAAUGGAAACAGGAUGCACCUGAGCUCAAUUUCUAGUCUCAUUGCGAAGGGUCUGAAUACUCAAAGUUUCUGGGAGACUACAGUAUAAAAUAUAUAGGACAAAAAAUGCAAUUAAGCUUCUUUAAAGGAAACAUCAAUAGAAAAUGGACAUUGGUUGGUGCUGCUCUGUUAAUUCAUUGACAUUUAAUUUAGAGGUUUAAUUGUCUUUUUUGUCUGUACGCUAUCUUUACACUGCCACAAAGAAGACAGAGCUCUGCCUAGUCAUUUAAAAACACUUAACGGUCACAGGCUGCUGUACUUUUACUGUUGGGUUAAGAGAGCUGGGUAUCGAGUGAAUGUAAGAACAAAAUUAAUGUACAAAAACAUGCUGCUGCUGUAGUUUUAUUAUCGUUCGGACCGCAAAGGGUAAACUACUACAGCGUCUAAACAGUGUAUUUUAUUUAAUUUCCCCUGGAGAGUGAAGGUACUAUACCACAGAUCUGUAGUGCAAGUGUGUUAAUGUUGUGUGUAUGUGCGUUUCCCCAGCGACCAACACGGGGAUGAUUGCUGGGGCCACGGUGGGCUCUGUGCUGGGCUUAAUCUUCAUCAUCCUCUUCCUCGUUUGUCUUCUGAGGAGAAGGAGAGACUCUGAGGAUGACCUGGCCAAUGACAUCAAGUUAGACUCACCUUCACUAUUGCUGUGUGUGUGUGUGUGUGUGUGUGUGUGUGUGUGUGUUAAUUGUGAUUGAUGUGCACAUAUUUGUAUACGAUACAAAGAACAUACCGUAUGUAUACUGUUGUAUACCUGUGACAUGAAGGUGUGCGUGUGCCAUAUGGAUGUCAGCCAGUCUCUCACCCCUUCUUGCCCUCCUCUCCACCCCUAGGGAGGACGCUCAGGCGCCCAGCCGCGUCUCGUGGGCAAAAAGCGGCGGCUCCGGCUCGGACGUAGUCUCCAAAAGCGGCACACUCUCCUCCAUCACCACCACCAACAGGCCCCACCAGAGGGAGCCCCCAUCCCAGCACCACCUCCAGCAGUAUCCCCAGCACCCUCCCUCCGACACCGCCUCCAUCAUCACUGCCACAGGCAGCGUCUCUGGCUACCGCCUCGGGACGCGUCAUGGAGCCUCCACACCCACCCAUGGCCACGCCCUGCCAGGCUACGGCUUCAACACUACUACAAUCCUGCCCCGCGGUCAACCGGCUAAUUCUGCAGCACCCAGUGCCAAUGGUAGCCCCAGAACACAGCACCCACAGACCUAUACCCAGCCCCAGGCAGUGCCUCCGGCCCCGCGCCCGCCACCUCUGCCCACUGCCGUGACCGCGUCCAACAUCUCCCGCAUGGGAGGGGUUCCCAUCAUGGUGCCAGCUCAGAACCAGGCCGGCUCGCUGGUG